AUGGCUACCUCCCCGCCCACCGAAAUGCGGUUCAAGAACCCCGCCAUCUUUGUCUGCGACUUGCAGGAAAAGUUCCGCAACGCGAUAUACGAGUUCGAUAGCAUCGUCCUCUCAACCACCAAGCUCCUCAACUUCGCAAGGGCUCUCUCCAUACCCAUCCAUGCCACCACACAGACAGUGUCCAAGCUCGGCCCGACGGUCCCCGCCGUGGCCGCCCUGCUGCCGAAUCAGCCCCAUGACAAGACAAAGUUCAGCAUGCUUGUGCCACAGGUCGCUGCUGCCUUGCCGCCGGGCUCCCGCGUCGCUCUCGUCGGCAUCGAGUCCCACAUCUGCAUCACCCAGACUGCCCUCGACCUGCGAGACGCUGGCCACGUCCCAUACGUGCUCGCCGACGCCGUCAGCAGCUGCAACCGCGCCGAGGUCAUCGUCGCCCUCGACCGUCUGCGCGCCGAGCCCGGCAUCAUCGUCACCACCACCGAGAGCUGGAUGUAUGAGUCUCUCGGUGACGCCUCCCACCCGGCUUUCAAGAGCCUCUUUGGCGUCGUCAAGGGCUCCGUCGCCGACACUAAGCGAGUCCUCGAGGCUCUGCCGCCGACGUCUAAGAUGUAG